GCCAUUCAAUGGAGGACGGUCUGCUGGAAAUCAUGACCAAGGACGGCGGCGACAUGCCGACUCCUCUGGAGGUGUCCACCGUGCCGGCCGUGGGGGACGUGAUCUCCGGGGAGUACAACGGCGGCAUGAAGGAACUGAUGGAGCACCUGAAGGCCCAGCUGCAGGCCCUGUUUGAGGACGUGAGGGCCAUGCGGGGGGCCCUGGACGAGCAGGCCUCGCACAUCCAGGUGCUCUCGGACGACGUGUGCGCCAACCAGAGAGCCAUCGUCUCCAUGUGCCAGAUUAUGACCACGGCGCCCCGCCAAGGCGGCUUGGGUGUGGUCGGCGGCAAAGGGAGCUUCCCAGGUUCCCCCCCAAAGCUGGAGACCCCCACGCCUGGAAUCGGGGACAACGGCUUACUGGGUCGCGAUCCGGAGGACGAGGAAGAAGAGAAAGAGAUGCCCAGCCCCGCCACACCCACCAGUCACUGUGAGCGCCCCCAGAGCCCCUGUGCUGAUCUCCUUGUGGGGGACGGGCCACUUGUGGAGCCCCUCGACCUGCCUGACAUUACUCUACUGCAGCUGGAGGGCGAUGCCUCCCUGUGAGGGCACUCCGCAGGGACACUACCUUCCUGGGCUGGCUUUGGGUUUCCGAGUGCGUGACGCGAGGGGACUGAAAGGCGCGGUGCAGCAUGCUUAACUUAGACAGCUGCUCUUGUGGGUCAGGCAGAGAGAGACUCCCUCCAGGAAGGAUUUGUAGGGUGAAGGACUUUGGGAGCAUCAAGAAUCCUUUCUGCCCAACCAAGCGAAUCAUAGCAAACUGCGGAAAGGUGAGGUUCCGGGAGAGGAAGCGCUCAUCUCUGGACUCCCAUAGUCCCCUACCCUGCCCUUUCCCCCUCCCCAGGCAACAGGAGACUCCCUUAAUUGUGUAAAUAAAAUUCUGCUUUUUCUAUUCUGAAAAAGGACUUAUGUAGGACUAUGGCAAAUAAUCUCUUAACGAUUUACCUAGAAAUUAAGGAAUUGGGGUAUUCUGUUCUGGCAACAGGAAAUUUACCCUUCUGCUGAAAUCCAAGAUACUCUGUGCUCUGCAGAAGCCUCUCCCCCUCACAUCUCUGCAGCUGCUGAUUGGUAAAGGAAGCUUGAGGAGGGAACUGCGGCCCUAGGAAUCUGGGUGAAUGGAGUUCCAAGGGCCCCUGGGCUGGGAGGAGCUGGCUGUGAAUGUGCAUGAAGACUAAUAGCUCAGCCUCUAGGAUUUUGCAUGCAGAGCGGAUCCUGCCUUGUCACUGACUUCAUCUGAGAUUGCUGUUCCACUCACUGGGGCUUAGAGAACAAAGAGGCCAGUUCACAGGCAGAGACUUGGGGGUGCUCAGCAGCAGCCCAGAUUUAGGGGACAUUUGAGGGACUCUUGGGGGUUGCAGCCAAAAACUGUCUCUCCUGGCUAUACCUGCUUAACUUCAGUUCCUUUUUCUGUCAAUAUAUCCCUGCCCGCUGCCUCUCGGUGUUGCCUCCAUAAUGUCUUGUGUGUGUUAUGUGUGUCUACUUGUGUAGUAGCGUGUGAGCCCUGAGGGGCAGGGCUUGUGGCUCUGGUGUUAGGUUCAGGAGGCUUCAGACCCUUCUGUGAGCCCCAAGCUAUCAUGGCGCUUCUCCCCACCCCUACCCCACCCCAACCAGGGCAUGGAGCAUGUGGCUGUCCUGAGAUUCCUUUACUGAUGUGCCUCCCUCCCACCUCCUCAAGUGGUGACUUUGUGUGCCCUUCCUCCUCCUUUGUGUAUUCCUUUUCAAUGCUUUCCUUGGUGGUAACUUUAAUAAAAAGGCGUC